AUGAUUGGCUACAUCUCAGAAAUUGGUUUUGAGGAAGAAGUCAAAGGCAUAUCCGUUGAAAUACUCGAGCUGUUAACUUUAUCAAUCGAAACACUCGAGUCUGAAACAAACUCUGCAACACUUGCUUUUCCUCCUAGCAUGCUUACCACUGCUGAAAUACUUGGUCUUUUGGUUGCUACAACAUUGCCCUUCCACCAAAGAAUACUCAUAACCAGUAAGACUAUAAAUAGAACAGCAAUCACUAUCCCAAUUAUAGCGCCAACAGACAUGCUGUUUCCAUUUCCUGAUGUGGAUGCAUUGAAGCAAAUAGGAAAGACAUUAGGGAAGAACUGGAAUUUUACUGUGGAUCCUUGCAGCGGAGGAAUAGAUUGGAGUACCCCUAAUGCACCUCAAGGAUCUGAGAAUGCAGUAACCUGCGACUGCACCUUUGUUAAUAACACCGUUUGCCACGUAGUCACCAUUGCUCUAAAAUCUCAGUCUCUUCAAGGGACUGUACCCCGAGAAUUGGUCAGACUCCCUUACCUCCAGACAAUUGACCUCUCUCGCAACUACCUCAACGGCACCAUCCCUCGACAAUGGGGUACCAUGCAACAACUUGUAAACAUCAGUUCCCUACUGGGAAAUCGUAUUACAGGUCCAAUACUGGGCGAACUUGCCAACAUCAGUACUCUCUCGGAUCUAGUCCUGGAGUACAAUCAAUUGUCUGGAAAUAUUCCUCCAGAGUUUGGGAAUUUUUCAAGCAUACUGAGAAUACUAUUGACGUCAAACAAUCUAACUGGGGAAUUGCCUGCUACUCUAGCAAAAUUGACUACGUUGGAAGACUUUAGUAUUGGUGAUAACAAGUUUAGUGGAAGCAUGCCAAAUUUUAUCCAGAACUGGACAAAUUUAGAAAAAUUAGCGAUUCAGGCUAGCGGUUUGAGUGGGCCGAUCCCUUCAGGCUUUGCUUCCCUGACCAAAUUGACCGACGUGAGAAUCAGUGAUUUGAAUGGCAAUGACUCAACUUUUCCUCCUCUUAAUAGCAAUAGAAACCUGAAGACACUGAUUCUGAGGAGCUGCAAUAUCAUUGGUCAGAUACCAAGUUAUGUCGGGACACUGACUAAUUUGAAACUCUUAGACCUCAGUUUCAACAAACUAAGUGGACCAAUUCCUGACAAUUUUAUGGGCCAAGCAAACACGGAUUACAUUUAUCUAACUGGGAACUCCCUAACUGGUCCAUUGCCUCCUUGGAUGCUAAAAGAUGGAGAAUUCAUUGAUCUAUCCUACAACAACCUCACAUCUGAAAGCACGCCCUCAAAUUGUCAACCACGUAAAAUGAACUUGUUCGAAAGCUCAAAGGGAAAUACAACUGGUAUCACAUCUUGUUUAAGGAGCUUUCACUGCGAGAAAAAGUAUUACUCUUUCCAUAUAAAUUGUGGUGGAAGAGAAGUAAAAGUUGAUGAUAAAGGUACUACAUAUGAAGCGGACGGCGAAUCUGGUGGACCAUCUAAUUUCGUGCAGAGUAAGACUAACUGGGCAUUUAGCAGCACAGGUCACUUCCUGGAUGAUGAACGCAGUAGAGAUUCUUACAUCUGGGAGAACGUGUCUAGUAUCUCUGGGCAGGAUCCUCAGCUGUACAUGAAUGCACGACUUUCUCCUCUGUCACUGACAUAUUAUGGAUUUUGUCUGGAAAACGGAAACUAUACAGUAAACCUUCACUUUGCGGAGAUCAUGUUUACUGAUGACAGAACAUAUAGUAGUCUCGGAAGGCGCAUAUUUGAUGUUUAUGUUCAGGGAAAGCUGGUGCGGAAGGAUUUCAAUAUUGAAGAUGAAGCAGGUGGAGUUAACAAGGCAAUUUUUAGAACCUUCACUGCUUCUGUCACUGAUAAUACCUUGGAGAUCCGCUUCUACUGGGCUGGAAAAGGGACUAUUGGCAUCCCAAAUAGAGGAGUAUAUGGUCCACUCAUUUCGGCUAUCUCUGUUAAUCCUGAUUUUCCAGUACCAUCAGAAAAUGGAAACAUGUCUACUGGCGCUAUAGUUGGGAUAGUUAUUGCAGUUCUGUUUACCAUUUUUCUACUUCUGGGAAUUCUUUGGUGGAAGGGUUGCUUGGGAUCCAAAGAUACUACAGCACAAGAUCUAAAGGGUCUAGACCUACACACUGGAUCAUUUACCCUAAGGCAAAUCAAAGCCGCCACAAACAAUUUUGAUCCUACAAACAAGAUUGGAGAAGGUGGUUUUGGUCCCGUGUACAAGGGUCUCCUGUCAGAUGGAACCAUCAUAGCUGUGAAGCAGCUUUCUUCUAAAUCAAAGCAAGGGAACCGCAACCAGUUGUUGCUUGUGUACGAAUACAUGGAAAAUAACAGCCUUGCUCGUGCUUUAUUUGGGCCAGAAGAACACCAGUUGAAAUUGGAUUGGCCUACAAGGCACAAGAUCUGUAUUGGUAUAGCAAGAGGAUUGGCUUAUCUUCAUGAGGAAUCAAGAUUAAAAAUUGUCCAUCGGGACAUCAAGGCUACAAAUGUCCUUCUUGAUAAAAAUCUUCAUCCAAAAAUAUCUGAUUUCGGUCUUGCCAAGCUUGAUGAAGAAGAUAAUACCCAUAUAAGCACCCGUAUCGCUGGAACUUUUGGAUAUAUGGCACCAGAAUAUGCUAUGCGAGGCUAUUUGACUGAUAAAGCAGAUGUAUACAGUUUCGGAAUUGUUAUUCUGGAAAUUGUCAGUGGUAGAAGCAACACUAGUGUUAGGACAAAAGGGGAGCCUUUCUAUCUUCUUGAUUGGGCUAAUUCCUUGAAGGCCAAAGGAGAAUUAAUGGAACUGGUUGAUCCAAGAUUGGAAUCAAACUUCAGUAAAAAAGAGGUGAUCACGACUAUCAAUGUAGCGCUCCAUUGUACCAAUGCUGUAGCAGCUGAAAGGCCAAGUAUGUCAACAGUCGUAAGCAUACUCGAAGGAAGAGAGCGUGUUCAAGGAUUUGUACCAGACUCAAGUGUUUCAAUGGACGAUAUGAAGCCUAAGAGUCAAGACCAAGUAACAAAGUCGAAUGAUGAUCAAAACCAGAGUGUUUCAAUGGAUGUUCCUUGGACAGCUUCCUCAUCCUCGUCCGCUGAUCUGUAUCCGAUCACUUUGGAUACUAAUUACUGGGAGAAGAGAAUGUAA